ACCCAAAAACGAGACGAAGGAAGCGCCAACCUCGAAGCCAGCUCCUGCCUCAAUCCGCCUCCAGCUCCGACCAUCAGCAGCCAUGGCGUCCGUCAGGGAGAAGAAGCUCAAACGCAAAGAGUUGAAUUUGUGGGUUGUUGCACAGAUACUGGAAAGGAAGAAGGCGAUCGACCAACUCAUCAAAGCAGCUUCCGCACACAGUGACCAUCUCACUGAUUUCCCUCCAUUCCGCCGUUUUCAUAGAGAUGGCCUUUCUGUAUGCUUGGAGUCUGGCCGUGGGAAUAAACUCUCCCCUCCUGUGAAACAAUACACUCAGACCCUUCUCAAGGUGAAUAUGGAGGGGCCGUUUGGGUCAGAGUGGGCGGAGGAAGAGAAGGUGAAACGGAGGGAAAUGGUUUCUCCUGAUGCGCGCUAUAUAUUUGUUCAUGAGGUUCCAAAUGUAGUUGCAAAUGAGUGUCAAGAUAAGGGACCCAUGGUGGGAUUUGUGCACUACCGUUUUACUCUUGAGGAGGAGAUUCCUGUGGUCUAUGUGUAUGAAAUUCAGCUUGAGUCUCGUGUUCAAGGGAAAGGACUUGGGAAGUUCUUGAUGCAGUUGAUUGAACUUAUUGCUAGAAAGAAUCAUAUGGGUGCUGUGGUGUUAACUGUUCAGAAAGCAAACUUGUCAGCUAUGAAUUUUUACACAAGCAAGCUGAGGUACACCAUAUCAAGCAUUUCACCAUCAAGAGUCAACUCAUUGGCUGAAGUUGAAAAAAGUUAUGAAAUUCUUUGCAAAACAUUUGAUAAUGAAGCCAAAGCUAUGCUGGAGGAGAGCUGACAUCUACCUGAAGAAUGAUGUUAGUGUAAUGCUUGAAAUUUUGAAGAUGGACUUCAUUGAGCUUUAAAUCUAGGGAGGAGGUGUUAUGCUUAUGGCUGUUGAAACUAAAAGGGAAAAUGGUUGUGGGUUUUCUAAAUGGCGCAAUCAAGAAAUGUCUAAGAGAGCUGUAUAGUUGAUUCAGAGUUUGAAGAAAAAAGAACUACAUAUACAACUAUGAGAUUAAGAAUAACAAAUUAUUUUUGCCUUUGCUAAUUCUGGUUGAGCAAGUAAAUCAUGCAGUUCCUUGUGCUUGCAUUAAAGUGAAUCCAAUAUUUUUAUAAGCUUCUUGUUGCAUACAAAAAAUCAAGUACCAACUUGACU